GCACGGGAGACCGAGGGGAGGGGGUGGGGACGGUGGGGAGGAAGGAGGGGGAAAGGCACCAACCAGCAGCCGCUCCAGCCCUGCCGAAGUUUCACUUUUUGUCUGUGGGUUCGCUCCCGGGCCCCGCGCGAGCUUUCCUGGGAUAAGUAGCUUUAGCGAGCGGGGGAGAGCCAGGCGCUGCAAGGUAAGGGCUGGCUGCGCGGCCGGGGGCGCGGGGCGCGGUGCGGGGCGCGGGGCCGGGCCUGGGGACAAUGGGAGGGGGAGUGCCUGGGCACCUCCUCCUUCUCCGCUGCCUCCGCCUCCAGCCGCCGCCGCCGCCGCCGCUGCCCCGGCCGCCUCCUCCCCGAGGUGGGAACAUUGAGGAAACAGAACUGAAGACAGAAUCCGGUCACCUGAUUCCAGUUUAGUGCUUUCUCCGUUCUACAGGACACUCAUCAGAGGGAAGAUAUUUUUCCUCAGUUGACAUUAGCAUUGCAGUUUGCUGAACCUUGUGUCCACUGAUCAUUCCAAGAGCUAGCUGUCCAAGAUUCAACAAUGUCUCACCCAUCUUGGCUGCCACCCAAAAGCUCUGCUGAGCCCCUUGGCCAUGUGUCUGCACGGAUGGAGACCACCCAUUCCUUUGGGACCCCCAGCAUUUCAGUGUCCACACAACAACCACCAAAGAAGUUUGCCCCAGUCGUUGCUCCAAAGCCCAAGUACAACCCAUACAAGCAACCUGGCGGUGAAGGUGAUUUUCUUCCACCCCCGCCUCCACCUCUAGAUGAUUCCAGUGCUUCUCCAUCGGGCUCUGGGAACUUCCCUCCUCCACCUCCCCUUGAUGACAGUGCUUUCAGGGCACAGGGAAAUCCUGGAGGCAAGACCCUCGAGGAGAGACGCUCGAGCCUAGACGCUGAGAUCGACUCAUUGACUAGCAUCUUGGCUGACCUGGAGUGCAGCUCCUCCUACAAGCCUCGGCCUCCACAGGGCUCUACUAGCUCAACAACAGCUUCUCCUCCAGUCUCCACCCCUGUCACAGGACAUAAGAGAAUGGUCAUACCAAACCAGCCCCCUCUGACGGCAACGAAAAAGUCUACAUUGAAGCCACAGCCUGUACCCCAGGCUGCACCCAUCCCCGUGGCUCCAAUUGGAACACUAAAACUCCAGCCUCAGCCCGUCCCAGCCUCCUACACUACGGCAUCUACCCCUUCAAGGCCUACCUUCAAUGUGCAGGUGAAGUCAGCCCAGCCCAGCUCUCAUUACAUGGCUGCCCCUUCACCAGGACAAUUUUAUGGCUCAGGACCAGGGACCCAGGGCUAUAACACUCAACCAGUUCCUAUCGCUGGGCAGGGUCCACCUCCUUCUACACGGGGAGGCAUGGAUUAUGCGUAUAUUCCACCAGCAGGACUUCAGCCUGAGCCUGGGUAUGGGUAUGCCCCCAACCAAGGACGCUAUUAUGAACCCUAUUGUGCAGCGGGGCCUGGCUAUGGGGGCAAAAAUGACUCUGAUCCUGCCUAUGGUCAACAAGGUCACCCAAAUACCUGGAAGCGGGAACAAGGGUAUACUCCUUCUGGCACCGGGAACCAGAACCCUGCUGGGAUGUAUCCAGUUGCUGGUCCCAAGAAGACUUAUAUCACAGAUCCUGUUUCAGCCCCCUGUGCACCACCACUGCAACCAAAGAGUGGACAAACAGGAUCCAUGGGGCCUCCGGCUGUCCCCUCCUCAUUCCGCCCUGAAGAUGAGCUCGAGCAUCUGACCAAGAAGAUGCUGUAUGACAUGGAAAAUCCACCCGCCGAUGAAUACUUUGGCCGCUGUGCUCGCUGUGGGGAAAAUGUAGUAGGGGAAGGUACAGGAUGCACUGCCAUGGAUCAGGUCUUCCACGUGGAUUGUUUUACCUGCAUCAUCUGUAACAACAAGCUCCGAGGGCAGCCCUUCUACGCGGUGGAGAAGAAAGCCUACUGUGAGCCCUGCUACAUCAAUACCCUGGAGCAGUGCAGCGUGUGCUCCAAGCCCAUCAUGGAGCGGAUUCUCCGAGCCACUGGGAAGGCCUAUCAUCCUCACUGCUUUACCUGUGUGAUGUGCCACCGCAGCCUGGAUGGGAUCCCGUUCACCGUGGACGCUGGCGGCCUCAUCCACUGCAUCGAAGACUUCCACAAGAAGUUUGCCCCCCGCUGUUCUGUGUGCAAGGAGCCUAUCAUGCCAGCCCCCGGCCAGGAAGAGACUGUCCGGAUUGUGGCUCUGGAUCGCGAUUUCCAUGUUCACUGCUACCGGUGUGAGGAUUGUGGUGGUCUCCUGUCUGAAGGAGAUAACCAAGGCUGCUACCCUUUGGAUGGACACAUCCUCUGCAAGACCUGCAACUCUGCCCGCAUCAGGGUGUUGACCGCCAAGGCUAGCACUGACCUUUAAAUCCAGUCACCUACGUAGCGGUUAGUUGGUGGCUCUGAGAAGGAUGAAACACAAGAAAAAUAUAAGAAGAGAAAUAGGAAAAGAGAGGAAGGGCAAUCAAGCUAUGGGAUGGUCUCUACUUCAUCCACUAUUAACCUUUCUUUAGAAACACAUAGAGCAUGAGAUUUUUUAAAGUUCUUACCAGAUACACAUUUCACAUUUAAUCAUGUAGGACCUUGAUGGGCCUUUGUUCCCAAGGACUUGCACAUUUUUGCACGGAUUAUGCUCCAUCCCAUUCACUUCUGCAUUCCUUUAACUUUUAAUCCCUAUGUUUGUCUCACUUUUCAUCUGGUUGAAUGGCUUUUUUUAGUGUGGUAUUUGCUGUCACACAGUUUUUCCUGGGUGAGUCUGCCAACUCACAGGUGCUUUUAGGAUUGGAGGCUCCAUCCUAUCACUUCCACACUGCCAGCGAGCAUAAGAGAUAGCCAUUCUUUUUCUGUGUUUUGAAAAAUACAUGUUUCUGUUGCUGUAAACUAGUCGUGUUCCUUGGGGAAAAAAAUGCACAAUUAUGUGUCAGGCUAUAAAGAAUUUAAGCUGUAAAUUACAUAGGUUAAAAGAAGCCCACAUUGAAUUUGCAGCAACCCUAAUUCAAAAUCUAUAAUGACCAGUGUUUGGGGCUCAUUUGAAAACAAAUACUGGUGAGAGAGAACCAAACUUCAAUAUUUUUCUAAAGAAAUUACAGAUAGGGUAUGCUGGAUAAAGCAUUUGGGGGUUAUAUUUGAAAAACUCAUUAUUACCCCGAAAUAUUAUCUUAAGAUUUUCCUUUUCCAUGCUACCUGGACAUAAUAAUAUGGACAAACUUGGUUUUCUCUAGAAUAUAACAUUUCCAAUACUGUUCCGCUUUUCAUGUCAGAAAUAUUGCCUUUUUUUUUUUUUUAAUAUCCAAACACAAGUACCAAAAUUGACUUCUUCUCUAGAGGAAAAUAGCUAUAAAGAGCAGUUUAAAAUUUUUUUUUCCAGGCCCAGGUCCUUUUUGCCUGACAGUUGCAAAUCAGGGCACAUAAAAUUGUGUUAGUUUUGUGUAGUUUACUUUAAAAAGACAGGAAAGCUUGAAAAGCUUGUGAAACCACAGUUUCAUUAUUCUUAUAAUCCUUCUACAACUCAAAUUACAUACACUGCAGAAGACAUUUUCAUAUCAUCGAUGUGACAUUUACACCACACUUUCAAAGACAAUCACUGAAAAAAAAUCGCCUUGUUGAGCUAAAAAUAUGCAGAGUCUCUGCCUAGAAUCUUUAUUCAAAUUCUUAUUGGGCAGUGAAAUGCUUGCUUGCCAGCUCCAGGACCGCAUAUACUUUAUUACGUUUUAACAUGUUUCUUUUAAGGAAAGACAUUUCUCUUAGUAGCAGGUUACCGUUUUGUAAACUAAUUAAGUAUCUUGGAUUAAGAUUAGUUAAAACUUUCUUCAAAUUUUUCACAAGUAUAUACUUUUAAAUUAUGAAGUAUUUUAAAUAUACACAAAAGUAUAAAUAAUAAUAUAAUGAAUCUCUGUGCCACCCAGUUUAAGAAAUCAAAUAUAACAAAUAUAGCUACAUUCCCCUGUAUACCCUUCCCUGAUUCCACAGAUAGUUUUUUCAUGAUUAGAAAGUGAUAACGUUUUCUAGUCUGACUUUUGUUUCUAAUUUUUCAUUUUAACACUCAAAAAUGAAAAAUUGUGUGUGUUUUGAAUUGCAACACAGGCCUCAAGAGUCCCAAUUAAAUUUAUUUUACUUUAGUAGGAAUAAUCAUAAAGGUGGUUGAUUUUUUUUUUUUUUUUUUUUU